AUGCUGUACGACUACGAAAUAGGCGUUGACUCGCAGCUUGCUGCUGAAAUGGACGGGCUGGAAUUAGAGCUCAACUUCCAACAUGCUGCAGCCAAGAGCGAUCGUUUUUCCAGACUGCUCUUCCCUAGAAAUUUUCCCGGUGCCAAUUCUAAGGAGAGACUCGCUUACCUUUACAAUAUUACAGAAGAGGUGCCAGAUACUAAUGGAGGAGUCCGCAUAACGAAAAUCCCGGUAAAUGAACAUGAGCCUUACCAAAGACGACAACAACGGGGAAUCACUGUUGCUGACGCACUGGCUCAAGAAAAGGAGCGUGCUGAGGGGCUGAUGAAAGAGUAUGGCGGUGACAUCAAUUAUUUGCCAGUUGUCGGUAUUCACUAUGCCAUGUGGCUUGGCGAUGACCUUUUGGCUCCACCGAUUGAUUAUACUUACGACCGUGGAGAUGUUGAGACAGGAAUGAUGGAGCACCUGGAGAUCUGCUGUGGCGCAACUCUUCCUGGCCUAGAAGCGGCGAUCGAACUCAUGACUUCAGGAUCGCAGCACUUCGUCAUUUGCAAACCUGAGUGGGCAUAUGGAAAGUGGGGCAUGCUUCCGCGAAUUCCCGGCAACGCAACGAUCGUCUUCCAAGUCAAACUGUGCUACAUCACCUACGAACUUCACGAACGCUUCAUCCGGAUGCCGAUGAAAUACAGAGCAAAGAUCCCACUCAAAGCCAUCAUGGCAACAUGCAAGAGACUCAAGACAAAAGCCAAGGAACAGUUCUCAAAAGCGAGUGAGGGUGUCCGCGACGUCAACAGCAACACUGGCGAGGAGAAGAUCGAACCUAGCAGGAAUCAAAACGAUUACUUUGGUGCCGAGCGAUCCGGCGACUUACUCGCCCAAGCGAUUCACUGCUUAGAGCGUGCCGUGUGCAAAAAUUUGGAAGAUGAAUUGCAGCUAAAGAAGUAUCUGAUAUACCUGAACUGUGACGCCUGCCUCGCUUACAGAAAAGCGAAGCCCGGUUUAUACAAGAAGGCAAUAGGCGUUGGAGAGCAAGUCUUGCGCAUUUUCGAGGAACUGCUGGAACACUACAGGAAGGACGAAGAAAGGGCUUUGGAAUUUCUUGCUCAGUUCUAUCCAAAAUUGAACAAGACACGAUUCAACUUGAUGGAGCUCUAUAGCCGGGACCCAUUCAACCAUUCUUCGGAUGUCGUUUCUCUAUACGGUGCUUUUGAGGAUGAAAUUUGCCAUCAAAACGAGGACGAUUUGCCAUACAAAAAUUAUGCCAACAAGAAAGAGCGACGAAUGAUGAAAGAACUCAUGGAGAAGAUCGAAAAGACCAACGAAGCCUGGGCUAAGCGACAGAAGGAGGAAAAGGAUGAGAAAGAAGAGGAGGAAGAAGAGGAUGGUCCAGUCAAGGCUAAAGAAGAUGAUGCCAGCAAAGUCACGAGACUCAAACCGAAAGGUCUCGAUUUAGAAAAGUGUAUCGAAGCGUUAGUGCAAGAAGACAAGGACUCUCCAACUCGCGACAUUCCCUUUGGUGGCAGCUAUGAAUACUACAAAAAUUUCGUGGAUAAUUUCGCCAAAGACAAAGAUUGGUUCGAUCAUCUGUUCUCCCAUCAUUUCACCACUAAGUGCGCGGUCCAGUUCAUCGUCGCUUACGCAAACAGCAAAGGGAUUCAGGUCUACAAAGGGGUCGAUCCUGUCAGCGGCACGCCGAAACUUGUUAUAUCCAAAGACUUCGCUAAAUCCAUGGCCAAAGGGGGAAGUCUCUAUACUGGAGACUGA